AUGAGUAAUAACGCUCAUGAGCUCAGUAAUCGACUUCUGAAUGCGUUGGAUAGCAAUUACAAUGUCGUCGACAUGCAGACUGUUAAUGAAAUUAUUUCCAUUCUGGAGAAAUUUAAUAUCACAAAAGAGCUGUUGGAGACCACCAGACUUGGUAAGCAUGUGAACGAGCUCCGUCGUAAGACUAGUGAGCCGACCCUGGCUCGCCGCGCCAAGGUGCUCGUGAAGCGCUGGCGGGAUCUCGUCAUACCUAGCACACACUCACCCGCACAUACUGGCUCAAAUCGUUCGUCUGCUGAGCGUCAAGUUAGGAGGCUCGGUGGAACGCCCCUCACUUCACCUGCACUCUCCAGGAACCUGGUGAGUCCAGCUGUACCAAGUCCAAGACCACCAUCUCGACCAGCAUGGGGUGGCUAUGAGUCAGACUCCCAAGACGUGAUCCUCGUGGACGACGACCCCCCACCACCAGUCACUCCCUCCCUCCCACCACACAAACCGGCAACACCUCCUGUAAAAAGGGCGCUGUCACCCGAACCUCUAUAUGAUGAAAAGAAGGCGAAAAGAGAUAAGAAACCUAAAAAAAGAAGGGGACAUGGUAGAGCGGGCUCCGGCAGUGAGACGACAGCGGAGCCCCAGAGUCAACACAACUGGGUGUCGAGGAACGGGACCGGCCCUGAACGGAGAAGGAACGGGUGGAAACGAGACCCACCUGACCCUUACGCUGCGCUCGUUAAUAGACUGCCUCCCGCCGGGGCGAAGAAGGUGAAGACGACCAAGGAGCUGCUGGAACAGAUCCAGUCCCGCGGCAGCAGUCGCCCCUCCCGGCCCGCCUCCCCGCACUCCCCGGCCUCCCCCGCCUCGCCUGACGUCAUGCUCAUCGAGCCUGACGUGUGCCCUAUCAAAGUCGAGUCCCCGCUUCGGAACGGCGGCGGAGACUCCGCGAAGAUGAAGACGGAGCCGGAGCCCGAGCAGCGCGAGGAGGUCCCGCCGCUGGAGGAGCCGCGCGCCUGGGAGGAGUGUACGUGCGGCGAGGACGAGGCGUCCCCGGACUGCCCCGCCGCCGGCCGCCCGGCGCUCCGGCCGCUGCACGUGCGCGCGCUGCACAACGUGUUGCUCCCCGGCAUGAACGGCACGCGCGCCCCGCUCUUCCCUCACCGGUUCGCCGUCCGGCCCCCGGCGCGCUCCGACGACCCCACGCUGUUCUCCAGCGUGGUGCCCCUCUACAACUACUCAGACUACGCGGACGACCACUGUGUCAAAAACAUGUCUCGAGUACCGAUCUGUGAGAGCCUGCCGUGGACGGAGUUCGCGCCCUCGCCGCCUCCUCCGUCCCCGCCGCCCUCUCCGCCGCCGCUGCGACCCUACCCCUCGCCGCUCCGGGAGGAGGUGUUUCCCGACGCGCCGGAACCUGACGACGACUCCGCCGACUCCUCCACCACCACCAAUGUCGUGGAGGCCGCGAGCGAGGACGAGCCCAGGGAGAAGCCGGUCAUCGAGCCGGCGAUGGUCGGCCUCGCGUACAUGGAGCCCGGGGACAGGCUGAAGGCGCCGCUGUUGGACGACGACGACGAUGACCACCAGCCCGGGGAGCCGCGGCGGGACGUGACCGGCGAGAAGAGCUUCGUGAGCGAACCACAGGAACACCGCACGGUCGAGAGGACGAAAGAGGACAUAGACGGGCGGGCGCUGUACGGGCUGUGCGAGGCGGCGCUGGCCAGCGUGCCCUGGCGGUACUCGCAGGCGGCGGCCGCGCCCGUGCUGACGCUGCCUCAGCUCACGGAGCGGGAGGGCGAGCCUCCCUCUCGCGCGGCCGAGGAGGAGGCGGCCCGGCUGCUGGAGGGCGCGCUGGAGACGGCCGCCGCCGACCCCGAGCUCGACGAGCUGGGCCGGCCGCAGCGCCCGCUGUCGUUCGCGGAGUGGCACGAGUGCGCGCGCCUGGGCGACCUGGUGGCGCUGCCGUACGUGGUGAUCGACUGA